AUGGCCUCCGAGAAAACUGAUCCCCCUCCUAUCAAUACCAAUAUCAACCCUAAAGACCCUUCCAGCCCCUACUUUCUUAAUCCAAACGAUGGACCUGGAACCUUACUUACCACUCAUCUCCUCACAGUAGACAACUACCAUUCUUGGGCUCAUACCAUCCGAAGAUCUCUUCAAAUCAAGAAGAAACUGGGCUUCAUUGAUGAUACGAUUCAUGAACCUACUGCCCCAAACUCUACUCUGUUAGAACCAUGGCUUGAAUGUAAUGACAUGGUUGUAACUUGGCUCCAAAAUGCAAUGUCCCUUGAACUCAAAAACAGUGUUGUGUAUGUUGACACUGCUCAUGCCCUAUGGCUUGAGUUAGUACAACGUUUUGCACAAAACAAUGGCCCACGGAUUUAUGAAUUGAAACAAUCCAUCCAUUCUCUUACUCAAGGGGAUGACUCUGUUAGCCUCUAUUUCUCAAAAUUAAAAAGUUUAUUUGAUGAACUUCUUAAUUUUGAAAUCAUUCCAUCUUGGGCAUGUGGUGCUAUGCAACCUGUCAUUGCAAACCAACAACGUGAUUGGAUGAUGAAGUUCCUCAUGGGACUUAAUGAUUCUUUCACCAAUAUCACAGCUCAAAUUAUUCUUCUUAAACCCACCCCUACCUUGAGUGAUGUUUAUGCUCUUGUUCAACAAGAAGAGAAGCGUAAACAGAUUUCAACAACUUCCCAUAGUCUUCAUGACACUCUUGCUAUGGCUACUAAAACCUAUUUUCCACCCAACUGA